AUGCCCUUUUCGUCACAGUUAUGGAUACCUGAAGCUAAACAAUGCGUCUUCAUCAUGAGAGAGAGAGGAAUUAGGGACGGAAGAUUGUCUCCCCUUCCCAGGUCCUGGACGAUCAUUCGUCGUUCGUACUGUGCAUUAAAUACCUGUCGCGCAUUGCAUCGAAAACAUGCCCUAACAUCUAUUAAUGUGAAGGAGAUGGGGUUGCAAAAAGUCGACAGAGUUCUGCAACGCUCACAAAUUAUUCGACCAAAACUCCACGAGAAAGUCCUUCUCUCAAGAAUUGGAGAAGUAGAGGGACAAUUGCUUUCGUACGUCGAAAAUCUUAAAAAUUCGAUGCGACAAAUCAAAAAUGGCAAUGAAAAUGUGGAAAUACCGUCGCUAGAUACUGACAGUUUUUUAGAAGUUUCCGAAGAGCGAAAGAAAUUGUCUCAAGAACUCGGUAAACUUGCUCCCAGCGACAAGGUUGAUGAACUCAGACAUCGACUAGAAAAUCUCUCGAAUCUGAGUGAGUCCAUGAAAAAGAUCCAAGACAAGAUGUUGGUCAAGGUUGAUAAACAAUUACCGAAAGAGGUAAGCCACUCUCUUUCGCCGCGAAUAACAGGAGGAGAAUAUUUGGAAAAUCUUUAUCAUCCAGGUGCGAAUCAGGCGAAGAUUCGAAAAGAGAUAAAAGAAUGCAAUCUGGGCUUGAAGAAGAUGGCAGAAGCUGUUACUACGGUGAAGAACACGCUUGAAAGGAAAAUUGCGGAAGAAAGUAGGAGGGUAAUGCUCAUUUUUCAUUUACAAAUUUUCCACGGCCUAUUAUCUUUUUUCUAG